AUGCCACGAUCAGAGGGUACCAUCACGCCCAUUCCAGGGGCGCGGCCGCUCAGACCCGGGGAUCUUGACGGUUUCUGGCCGCAGCAGAAGCAUGACGAAAUCGUCAAGAGAGUCAGAUAUUUGGUGCAUGACGAUUUGGAAGAGCCGCCGCAUAUCCACAAGGCGCGCCAAAUUCUCAAACAGAGAGGCGUGGAUUGGCGCGAGGCCAAUGACAAAGAGAUCUUCAACAUCUUGGAGCAGCUUCCAAGGCCGCCAUUCCACUCCAAAUUUUGGAAAAGGGAGCCGCCACCAGCAAAAACGUCCGAGUACCACGACAUAUUGCAAAGGGUCCAUCUAGCCGAGCUACAGUACUACGGCUUUGACAGCACGUCGCCUAGCGGCAAGUUUCUUUACAAUAUCCGUGACGCCAAGCAGGAUCCCGACCCGUCCUCGUUCUACCAACAGUUAAAGCAGGCCGGUGUGAGCAUCGACAAGAUCGUCCACUUUACACGAAAGACUGCACGCAGCUCGGAUGUCCAGCUCCUCUCUCUUCCGUACAGGAUAGAGGAAAGAAGAGAGCACUUCCUGGGCGACUUGGGGAGCGUUUUGCAGGCCAUACAGGAGGCCGAUUUCAGGCCAGGCGUCAUCAUCAAGGAAUUCACGUUCUGGCGCGAUGGUGUCGAUCAGGACGCCGAGGCUUUGGUGAGGGUCUCUUGGAUCGACUACACCACAACUCAUUGGUUAACGCAGUACUACAACGUGUUCCAAAGGCAUCCCGGCAGCGGCUUCGUCACUUGCAGUCCUACCAUUUACAUCAAAAAGAGGAGGACUUUAAUGCAGGCUCUGAAAAGAUCCGCUUCUACCUUGGUUAGUCGGGACAGUUCCAGGCUUCGAUGA